AUGGCAGAUGAGCAGCAUGGGUUGUUUCAGUUUGGACAGUUGGAAAUAUUGGCAGCAUCCCAGACUGUUGGGAAAGAGACGGUACAGACCACAGAAGACAAGAUUAUGAAGAGAGACAUGCCUCCAGCCUUCAUUAAGGUGGAGAAUGCCAGUGCAAAGCUGGUGGAAGCAGCUCGGAUGCUGAGGACAGACCCGUACUCUGUCCCGGCCCGUGAUUAUCUCAUCGAUGGCUCGCGGGGCAUCCUCUCAGGCACUUCAGACCUGCUUCUGACCUUUGACGAGGCAGAGGUGCGUAAAAUUAUCCGAGUGUGUAAAGGCAUUCUGGAGUACCUGACCGUUGCUGAGGUCGUGGAAACCAUGGAGGAUUUGAUCACUUACACUAAAAAUCUGGGACCAGGCAUGACAAAAAUGGCAAAGAUGAUUGAUGAGCGGCAACAGGAGCUGACACACCAGGAGCACCGUGUGAUGCUGGUCACCUCUAUGAACACAGUGAAGGAACUGCUGCCCGUGCUUAUAUCAGCCAUUAAAAUCUUUGUGACAACCAAGUGCACCAAGAGUCACGGAGUGGAGGAGGCCUUGAAGAACAGAAACUACACGUUCGAGAAGAUGAGCGCCGAGAUCAACGAGAUAAUCAGAGUGCUGCAACUCACUUCAUGGGACGAGGAUGCCUGGGCCAACAAAUGGCCUAACACUAUGUCUGUGACACCUGCAGGAGAUCCGGGAGAGCAUGCGCUGCGUCACAUACUGGAUGAAGCAGGAAAAGUGGGUGAGCUUUGUGCAGGGAAAGAAAGACGAGAGAUCCUGGGAACAGCCAAGACCUUGGGCCAGAUGACGGAUCAGGUGUCAGAUGUGCGCGCCAGAGGUCAGGGUGCCACCCCUAUAGGUAUGCAGAAAGCUCAGCAGGUGGGCCAAGGUUUGGAUAUUCUGGUAGGCAAAGUGGAGAAUGCUGCUCGGAAACUGGAGGCCCUGACCAAUGCCAAACAGGCCAUUGCCAAAAGAAUCGACACGGCCCAGAGCUGGCUGGCUGAUCCGAACGGCGGUCCGGAGGGGGAAGAGAACAUCCGUGCUCUUCUGGCAGAGGCCAAGCGCAUCGCUGACCUGUGUGAAGAUCCUAAAGAGAGAGACGACAUUCUGCGCUCCAUCAGCGAGGUCGCAGGACUCACUGCGAGACUGGUUGAACUUCGGAAAAUGGGUAAAGGGGAUACUCCUGAGGCUAGAUCGCUGGCCAAACAGAUUGGCACAGCUUUGCAGAACUUGCAGGCAAAGACUAACCGUGCCGUGGCCAACAUGAGACCUGCCAAGGCCGCUGUUACACUAGAGGGCAAAAUUGAGCAGGCCUUGCACUGGAUCAACAACCCUGGAGUGGACGAUCAUGGAGUAGGCCAGGCUGCCAUACGGGGGCUGAUAGCGGAAGGUCGCCGGCUGGCGAACUCUCUACCAGGGCCAUACAGACAGGAUCUGCUAGCAAAGUGUGAGCGAGUGGAGCAGCUGAUGAUGCAGUUGGCAGAUCUUGCAGCGCGGGGAGAGGGAGAGAGUCCUCAGGCGCGCGCUGUGGCUGCUCAUCUUCUGGAGGCAAUUAAAGAUCUGAAGGCGAAGAUGCAGGAAGCUAUGACCCAGGAGGUGUCUGAUGUUUUCAGUGAUACAACCACACCAAUUAAACUCCUGGCUGUGGCAGCAACUGCGCCUCUUGAGGCCCCCAACAGAGAGGAGGUCUUUGAAGAAAGAGCGUCUAACUUUGAGAAUCAUGCCAGUAGACUGGGUGCUACAGCCGAGAAGGCCGCUGCUGUGGGGACAGCCAAUAAGAGCACAGUUGAGGGCAUCCAGGCGGCUGUGAAAUCAGCCAGAGAUCUAACACCUCAGGUCACUUCUGCUGCACGCAUUUUGCUGAAGAACCCUGGCAACCAGGCUGCAUAUGAACACUUUGAGACCAUGAAGAACCAAUGGAUUGACAACAUUGAAAAAAUGACCAGUCUUGUGGAUGAAGCCAUUGACACGAAAUCCCUCUUGGAUGCAUCAGAGGAGGCCAUUAAGAAAGACAUUGAUAAAUGCCGGGUGGCAAUGGCUAACGUUCAGCCCCAGAUGUUGGUUGCAGGGGCCACCAGCAUCGCCCGGCGGGCUAACCGGGUCCUUCUGGUGGCCAAACGGGAAGUGGAGAACUCAGAGGACCCGAAAUUCAGAGAACUGGUCAAAGCUGCUUCAGAUGAACUUGGUAGAACAAUCUCACCCAUGGUUAUGGCUGCUAAAGCCGUGGCAGGAAACAUCCAGGAUCCAGGUUCACAAAAGAGCUUCUUGGACUCUGGCUACAGGAUCUUGGCUGCUGUUGGGAAAGUCAGGGAAGCCUUCCAGCCUCAGGAGCCUGACUUUCCACCUCCACCUCCAGACCUUGAUCAGCUGCAUGUCAGUGAUGAUCAGGCUCCUCCCAAACCGCCCCUCCCAGAGGGGGAAGUUCCUCCCCCGAGACCUCCACCCCCAGAGGAGAAAGAUGAGGAGUUCCCGGAGCAGAAAGCCGGCGAGAUGGUGAGCGAGCCGAUGAUGGUGGCCGCCAGGCAGCUACACGACGAGGCCCGUAAAUGGUCCAGUAAGCCUCCCCAGCCUGAAGUGACAGACGAGGGUUUUGAGGCCGCUGAGGCGGAAGUAGAUAUAGACGAUGAGGAUGAAUUCACAGACAACGAGGAUGAUUUUGAGCCAGAGCUGCUCUUAAUGUCUUCCAAUCAGACAGUUAACCAGCCCAUUUUGGCCGCUGCGCAGUCUUUGCACCAGGAGGCUCGCAAGUGGUCCAGUAAGGGUAAUGACAUCAUUGGAGCGGCUAAGCGUAUGGCCCUGCUCAUGGCAGAGAUGUCUCGUCUAGUGCGUGGAGGCAGUGGGAAUAAACGUGCCCUCAUUCAGUGCGCAAAGGACAUCGCCAAGGCCUCCGAUGAGGUCACACGGCUGGCUAAAGAGGUAGCCAAGCAAUGCACCGACAAACGGAUUCGCACAAACCUCUUGCAGGUUUGUGAGCGUAUCCCAACUAUUAGCACUCAGCUGAAGAUCCUGUCCACGGUAAAGGCCACUAUGCUGGGACGUACAAACAUCAGUGAGGAAGAAUCUGAGCAGGCCACCGAGAUGCUUGUGCACAACGCGCAGAACCUCAUGCAGUCCGUGAAGGAGACGGUCAGAGAAGCAGAAGCUGCCUCUAUCAAGAUCCGCACAGACGCAGGGUUCACUCUUCGCUGGGUCCGAAAGACCCCCUGGUAUCAGUAAACUGAGGACUAGUUGAUUUCCAUUAGCAAUUUGCAUUCUUGCCUUUUCAAACGUUGUGAGAUCUGAUAAGGGGUGGCAGGUGGACAGAAAGCACCCUGUCUGAUUCUUAAACUUUUGAACAUCAGUGUUCAGCUCAAGUUUCGGGGUGAUUGGUAUUACUUCUUUUUAUUUACUUGCUGGUAUGGGUACUUGCUACACCUCCGCUGCUCCUUACGGAGGCUAUUUUUGUCCUGAAAGUUCGCUGUCGUUACCUUUAUUUCACACUACUGGGGUAUAGUUUAGGAGUAUACAGGAAGCAAAUUUUUAAAUAUAUA